AUAAUUCAGAUGAAAGUUUAAAAGAAUUUUUAAAUGAAUUGAAAAUUAUUAAAUACGCCGAAAUUAUUAAGAUAUAUGGAUUUACAAAAAAUCCAAAUACUUUGAAUUAUAUGUUAAUGAUGAAAUAUAAUAGUGAAGGUAACUUAAGAGAAUGUUUAAUAGAAGUAACAAAAAAUUGGGAAAAAAGAAUAUUUUAUUUACAUGAAAUUAUUAAAGGUCUUAAUAAGAUUCAUGAAGAAGGUCUUAUUCAUUAUAACUUUCAUGAUGGUAAUAUUUUGUGUCACAAAUAUGAAGAAAAAAAUACAUAUGGAGUCUUUAUUAGUGAUUAUAUAGGAUUACAUUAUCUUACAGAAUCUUUUUUAAAAGAAAAUGAUAUUUAUGGUAUUAUACCAUUUAUGGCACCUGAAAUUUUAAGAGGUCAACCUUAUACUCAAGCUAGUGAUAUAUAUAAUUUUUCUAUGGUUAUGUGGGAAUUUAUAUCUGGAAUUCCACCAUUUAAUGAUAAAGCACAUGAUUUUCAACUUGCUUUAAGUAUUUGUAAAGGUGAACGUCCUGAAAUUAUUGAAAAUACUCCACAAUGUUAUAUAGAUUUGAUGAAAAAAUGUUGGGAUGAAGAUCCAUUAAAAAGGCCAUCUUCUAAAGAAAUUUUA